AAUAACAUGAGUUUUUUUUUGUUAUUCAUAUUGAAUUGGCUAUUGUUUGCGUCUCGUCACAAUUACGCUCUGUUUGCGCGGUAAAUGCAGCUAUUUACACUGGUGUUAUCUGCGAGUUCGAAAUCUAUUUAUCUGAUAAGAACACAAACAGGUCUUACGACUUUUGUACUUUGAGGUGCGUUUAAAUGUCUAAACAUUUAUUUGGUUUGAGUUUGAUUAGAACGCGUGAACUAACGCCGAUUGUUAACACAUUGAGAAAAAUGUGCAUUUUAUUCUUACACAAUGGCAGUAAAGACCUAGACAGUGAUUACCGUCUAGUGCUAGUGUCGAACAGGGAUGAGUUGUAUGACCGUCCGUCGAAAGACAUGGCUCCAUGGAAUGAGGAUCCAGGUGUUAUUGGUGGGAGGGACUUAGAGGCUGGAUGCGACGGAGGCACGUGGUUAGCGCUGUCACCACUCAGACAUAAGAUUGGAGUGCUGCUCAACCUGCCCAACAUAACACGCCCUAAUGCGAAAACUAGGGGUCGGUUAGUGGCAGAUUUCGUGAAAUCCGAUGCUCCAACAGAUGAAUACGUCGAUUCUAUGAAGGGUUACGCAUCAGAAUGCAAUCACUUUGUCUUCAUCGCUAUCGAGUUGGCUUGUCCUACGAUAAAAACGUAUUGCAACGCGACAGAUAAGUUGUCUUCCUGGGAGGAAGCGUCUCUCGGGUUCUCCAACAGUUAUCCAGAAACACCCCUGAAGAAGGCAGACGCUGGGAAGAUGAAAUUGAAGGAUAUAUGUACAAGGCUCAACAAAGUCAGCGAUAAGGAACAACUUACACAUGAGUUGAUAGAGUUCCUUAAGUCAAAAGAAAGGCACCUCCCUGACCCUCAGCUAAAGGCUAAUAAGCCUGACGGCGUGUACGAGAAGUUUAGCUCAAUAUAUGUCAGCCUACCAGAGUUGAGAUAUGGAACAAGAACCCACACAGUAAUUCUAGUCACAAAGUCUGGAUGCGUGGAUGUCGUUGAAAUUACGCUGCAGCCGCCUAUAGAUUUGGACAACCCCAAAUGGAAACGCACUGAAAUGCAGUUUACGUUGUAAAUAUAUAAGUAAAUUAAAAUGUUAUUGUUUCA